GCAGUGGUCGCGCGCGUCGACGUUCACGUUCUCGGAGGUUCGGGAGCGAAGCUCAGGUUGGGACAUCGUGAUAGGGUUUCACAAGGGGGAGCACGGGGACGGUGUGCCCUUCGAGAAACGUGGUCGAGCUUUGGGUCACGCUUUUGCGCCACCCGAUGGGAGGCUUCACGUGGACGCGGAUCAGCCGUGGAGCGAGGAGGUUCCGAUCAAAAGAGGGGACUACGACUUAGUGUGGGUGGGGUGGCCAUGCACGAGAUUGGUCACCUUCUAGGGCUUGGCCAUAGCUCGCAUCGUGAUGCGGUUAUGUAUGCGUAUGCGCGUGAGGGAGUGAACAGAAGGGAGCUUAGCAUGGAUGACGUGGCCAGCAUACGGACCUUGUACUCUUCGUCUUCGCCGGUGCUUCAGAGUGAGGACUCUCGUGGGGUGAGGUCAUCGUCUUGUGCUAUGCUGCUCUGGUUUUGCUUCAACAUCUUUUGUCUAACUUUUUUGUAACUACAGCUUCAGAUUGGUUUCUUGGGAUAAGUUGUUACUCUAGGGUUUCACUUGAAUUUGUAAAGGGAUAAGUU